AUGGACGGUGACAGCGUGCAGUCGAUGAGUGACUUUAAACAACAAGUGGCCGCCGUGCCGCAGUACGGUUUAAAGCUCAAGUUCAACCAUGUCUUCAGUGACACCCGGAACCAGAAUUUGCGCCCGUCGAUCCGGCAGAUCCUGCCGAUGGUACCGAUGGCGCUGAGAUACAUUCCCUACUACUGGAAGGUGUCCCGUGAGGGCCGCCAGGUGCUGAUGGACUACUGGUACACGGAGAAUGGGAAGCAGAUCUAUGGAGCCCCGCUCGGUGGCAUUGGCGCCGGGACGAUUGGGCGCGGGUUUGCCGGCGAGUUCUGCCGCUACCAGCUGAAACCGGGCCUGUACGAGUACAACACCGUGCACGCGAAUCAGUUCAUCGUGACCAUUAAGGACGAAGCUGGCGCCACCAUUUUCCACAGUCUGCUGUCGACCUACAGCAACCGAUUCACUAACGAACAUCCUUCAUCGUCGACCCGCGGUUCCACCAAACCGCGUCGUUGCAGCCGACCAAAGCAACCGCUCGGUAGCUGGGAAAGCGCACUGGAUGCAUCCAAGUGCAGCUACACUGCGCUGUACCCACGGGCCUGGUCCGAGUAUGAUCUAAGCGAACACGGCGUACGACUGGUGCAACGUCAGAUAUCACCGAUUAUCCCUCACGAUUACAAGGAAAGCUCGCUGCCUUGCGGUGUGUUCGUCUGGACGGUCGAGAACGUAUGCGACAAGGAUCGGCAGGUGACGCUGACGUUCACGUUCAAAAAUGGCACCGGUACAAAGCGUCAGGAUGCCGAAGGCGCCAGUGAAACGAGUGCGUUUACUCAGGGUAAUGCACGUGGCGUCUCCAUCCGGCAAACGAUCGCGGAUAUGCCGUGUACGUACUCCGUCAGCUGCCGCAGCUCGUCCGAGAUCAAUUUGACCCGGUGUGAGAGGUUUGAUCCAACUGGCAACGGGGAGAAGUUGUGGAGCGACCUUAAGGAGAACGGCCAUCUUACGGAGAAGUCCAACGAUGAGACGUUGAAGUCGAAAGACGUUGCUGUUGCAGUGAGUGGACAGAUUUUAGUGCAACCAGGCACGACGUCCCAGCUGGAGUUCGCUCUGGUGUGGGAUAUGCCGAAGGUUCACUUCCAGAAGCGUGGCAAGGAGUACCAUCGCUAUUACACCAAGUACUUUGGCAAGAGUGGCGAUGCAGGACCGAUGAUCUCAGACUACGCGCUCAACAACUACGCCAAGUGGGAGCGGUUGAUCGACGAAUGGCAGCGACCGAUCCUGGAGGAUGCGGAUCUUCCGGACUGGUACAAGAGUGCGAUCUUUAACGAGCUGUAUUUCAUUGCGGAUGGUGGCAGUGUUUGGCUUACGAUGGACGAUCGGACUGAUCUGCCGUACGAUGAUCCUCGGCUGGCAUAUGGGCGCUAUUCGUAUCUCGAGGGUCACGAGUACCGGAUGUACAGCACGUAUGACGUGCACUUUUAUGCAUCGCAUGCUCUUGCUAGUCUGUGGCCGAAUCUGCAGGUUAGCAUCCAGUAUGACUACAAGGAUAGCAUAGAUCGUGAAAUUAGCGACGGAAGGAAGCACCUGUACGAUGGGAAGAUCAUACCGAGGAAGAUUAAAAACUCUGUACCGCAUGAUCUUGGAGAUCCUGCGGAGGAGCCGUUCGAGCUGAUCAACGCCUAUCCGAUCCACGACGUGUCGGAAUGGCGCGACUUGAACAUCAAGUUCAUCCUGCAGGUGUACCGGGACUACUAUACGCUCAACCAUUACGCACAGCUGAACGCUGAGAACGCGAGCAAGUUCAGCUCGAUCGAGUUCAUCGACAAGGAGAGUAUGUACGAUACGUACAUCCAGGACAACCGGAACCGCCCGAACGGUGGUGCCUCGCCGGUGGACAACAAGGCGGCCAACCGCAAAUCCGCUUCGAUGUACAUCAACGAAACGAACGGCAAGGUGUACCUGAUGGACGCACUCACCUAUCUGAAAGCGAUGUAUCCGGCUUGCCGGGCCGUGUUAGAGCGCUCGCUCGAGUGGGAUAAGGACGGUGAUGGACUGAUUGAGAACAGCAAAUCACCGGAUCAGACCUACGACACGUGGGUGAUGGACGGGCCGAGUGCGUACUGUGGGGGUUUAUGGCUUGCUAGCCUCCAUUGCAUGUCCACUAUGGCUAGUUUGCUCGAUCAGAGCGAUGAUAGCGAUCGCUACCGGGAGAUCCUUGACAAGGGUCGUGCUUCGUUCGAGGAGAAGCUGUGGAACGGAACGUACUAUCGGUUCGACGCGCAGAGUGGCUCGAAGAACAGUAUCAUGUCGGAUCAGCUGUGUGGGCACUGGUACCUGCGGGCUUGCGGUUUCGACUACGACGUUUUCCCGAAGGAAAACGUCCGCCUAGCGAUGCGAACUAUCUACGAGAACAACGUGAUGCGGUUCUGUGGUGGGCAGUUGGGUGCGGUUAAUGGGUACGUGCCGAGUGGGCAACCAAACAAGGAUGGCCGCCCGGAUACGUCCACCAUCCAGGGUGAGGAGGUUUGGACCGGUGUGACGUACGCGCUCGCCUCCACCAUGAUCCAUGAGGGAAUGUUCGAGGAGGCGUUUCAAACUGCCGGAGGACUCUACCAAGCGCUUUCGGAGCGUAUCGGCAUGAACUUUGAGACACCUGAGGCACUGUAUGCUGAACGGCAUUACCGUGCGAUCGGAUACAUGCGUCCGCUAAGCAUAUGGUCGAUGCAGACGGCAUGGGAAAUGAAGAAGCUACGUCGGGAUUAA